AACCGAGAACGGAAUGAAUGUCCAAGUUGGGUGGAGAAGAUGCCGAAUCCGGAAUAGAGUGGGAUCAUUUGGUGGGAUUAUGGACGGAAAGGUACAUACCUGUUUGGGUAAUUGCCAAAUCAGAGCCGUUUUCAACCACCCAACUCUAUCCGGAAUACAAAAGACAAUGUAUCCUGUCAGGUAGAUGGUGCUGGAGGGUCGCAUGGAGAGGUCCGGAUUUUUAUUCAAAAGGAUGAUGAUGACAACGGCCCCUCCGACCCAAACAAUUGCGAGCUGAUGAUGGUGACACCUUCUGCUCCUGUUGACACUGUUUUGCUUCGAUAAUUCCCACGACUCUCGGCGGCCAUUAUGAUAACGCGGUGGAAUACGAGAUUGAUCAAAGCGGCGGUGGGCGUAUUCUGUAUUUGUGUGGGGGUUGCUGUUCUCUUCAACAAACAAGAUGGCUACCAGUCUACGCGAGGAUUAAUUCAUGCGGGCCGAACCCGAUUGGAAAACACCGUGUUUGAUCACAUUGGAAACGAAACUCUAGGGUUUGAGCAUGUCUACGCUAUUGGAUUGAAGGAACGCACGGACAAGCAUGAUUUUCUGACCUUGGCCGCGUCGAUUUCUGGGAUAAAUGUGGAUUGGUUAGACGGAGUGCGGCCGGGAGAGGUGUCCCAAAAGGCCUUGCCUGAUAGGCUGGAUGGACCCAACGUUCCUUACACCGCCGUUUUGUGUUGGCGCGCUCAUAUGAAUGCACUUCGGAGCGUUGUUGAGAACCGCUAUGCGACAGCUCUAAUCAUGGAAGAUGACGCUGACUGGGAUGUGUCGGUGAGGCUGCAGCUGCGGGAAUUUGCGCGCGGCGUCCGAAAGCUCACGAACAACGAGAAGGCGCCGAGGAAAACACCAUACGGCACCAAUUGGGACCUGUUGUGGGUGGGAGGAUGUGCCACGACGCAGGAAAGAAAUACCACCGAGCUCUAUGUUAUCCCUGACGACCCUACGACCAUUAGUGUUGAUCGUCGAGGUCCGUGGGACGAUAAGAUUGGCCCAACCGACAGCUGGAAAAGUAAGCACCCUGAGUAUUCGAUCGACUCCACGCGGUUUGUGUAUCGCGCAGGAUCAGGGUGCUGCAUGUAUGGAUAUGCGGUGACGUACGAGGGGGCACGGAAGAUCCUCGCGGCUCUGUCUUUAGACUGGAGUGUCGAGGUGGAUACCUCCCUUAGCGAUCUCUGUGGCGGCUGGAGUGGCCGCGAGCAAAUCCGAUGCUAUGGGGUUUACCCGAACAUCAUUUCGACCUUCAAGCCCGCGGGACCUGCCUCACGUUCUUCUGAUAUUCAGAAUUACACGAGCAGCGAGUACCGGGAGGCAGAGUCGUGGAAUAUCAUGUAUAGCACGCGGAUGAAUCUGAACCGGCUCCUGGCGGGAGAGGAGACGGUAUAUUCCCAAUGGAACACGUCGUUUAUCCCGUGGUCCAAACCCGAAAUUCGACUGCGGGAUUUGGAGUAUCCCAGAGGAUAUCUUGUGUGAUUGUCUCAAAACUAGUGAAUUUUGAAUUGGUCAUUGGCUCGGGUAUGACCUCUAGUGGGAAUUCCCUAUGCGAAAUACGAGAAUACUUUGC